GUGAGAGUUCACCUUUUAAUGAUGGAAGUCGGUGGGAAUGGUGGUGGGCUGCCUAUAAACAACAAACAAAGAGUGAUGCUACCUAAUAAAAGCCGGGGUGAAUUCCCUCGAAAUUCAAGGAAAGACUCAGAGGGGCUGUCGGAGUCCCCAGAUUUUGAGUUUGAAUAUUCUGAUACAGACAAAUGGGCUGCAGAGCUGUCAGAGCUUUACAGUUACACAGAAGGACCAGAGUUUGCUCUCAACAGGAAGUGCUUUGAAGAUGAAUUCAGAGCUCAUGUGACUGAUAAAAAGUGGACGGAGCUGGACGCAGCUGAGCACAGAGCUCACGCCAUGCGUCUCCUGGACGGCCUGGAGGUCAUUGCUCGUGAGAAACGACUGAAGGUUGCUAGGGCCAUUCUCUACAUGGCUCAGGGGACUUUUGGAGAUUGUAGCUCUGAGGCUGAGGUGCAGCACUGGAUGAGAUACAACAUUUUUCUGCUGCUUGAUGUGGGGACCUUCUCUGCUCUGGUAGAACUACUGAACAUGGAGAUUGAUAACAGCGCUGCCUGCAGCAGUGCAGUCAGAAAACCGGCCAUCUCCCUCGCUGACAGCACAGAUCUCAGGGUUCUGCUUAAUAUAAUGUAUCUGAUCGUAGAGACGAUCCAACAGGAUGAUCCAGCCAAUAAGCCUGAGUGGAAAAUCUUGAGGGAAACCUUCAGAGCAGAACUGGGAUCUCCUCUUUUCAACAACGAGCCCAUUUCUGUCAUGCUCUUUGGUAUGGUUACCAAGUUCUGCAGCGGCCAUGCUCCUCACUUUCCAAUGAAGAAGGUCCUCCUGCUGCUGUGGAAGAGCAUACUGUUCACGCUCGGAGGGUUUGAGCAGCUUCAAAGCAUCAAGGUCUGUAAACGCGAGGAGCUGGGUCUCCCCCCUCUCCCGGAGGACAGCAUUCGAGUCAUUCGCAGCAUGAGGGCAGCUUCGCCGCCGGCGUCGGCGUCCGACCUCAUCGAGCAGCAGCAGAAACGAGCUCGACGCGAACACAAGGCUCUGAUCAAACAGGACAACCUGGAUGCUUUCAAUGAGAAGGAUCCCUACAAGGCCGAUGAUUCCCGAGAUGACGAGGACGACAACGAUGACAACGACAACUCUUUAGAGCCGGAGACUUUUCCUAUAGAGAGAGACGAGGUGAUGCCUCCCCCCAUUCCUCACCCUCCAUCAGAGAGGGUGUCCUUCCCUAAAGGUCUGCCUUGGGCUCCUAAAGUCAGGGAAAAAGACAUUGAAACGUUUCUAGAAUCAAGUAGAAGUAAAUUCAUCGGUUACACACUGGGGAGUGAUACAGACACAGUGGUUGGUUUACCCAGGCCGAUUCACGAGAGCAUCAGGACACUAAAACAGCACAAGUAUGUUUCUAUAGCCGAACUCCAGAUUGCAAAAGAGGAAGAAUACCAGAAAACUCCCCUCUCUGUUGGUGAAGAGGAAGUGGAGAUGUGCGCCACUGAGCUGCUCUAUCAGGGAAUCCUGCCCAGUUUGCCUCAGUACAUGAUUGCGCUGCUGAAGAUCCUGUUGGCUGCUGCGCCGACAUCCAAAGCCAAAACAGACUCCAUUAACAUCUUGGCCGACGUGCUGCCAGAGGAGAUGCCGACGACGGUUCUGCAGAGCAUGAAACUCGGCGUUGACGUCAACCGGCACAAAGAAAUCAUCGUUAAAGCCAUCUCUGCCAUCCUGCUGCUGCUUCUGAAGCACUUUAAACUGAAUCACAUCUACCAGUUUGAGUACAUGGCUCAGCACCUGGUGUUUGCAAACUGYAUCCCACUCAUCCUGAAGUUUUUCAACCAGAACAUCAUGUCCUACAUCACCGCUAAAAACAGCAUUUCUGUUCUUGAUUUUCCAAACUGCGUGGUGCACGAGCUCCCAGAGUUAACUGCAGAGAGUUUGGAAGCUGGAGACAACACUCAGUUCUGCUGGAGGAAUCUGUUUUCCUGCAUUAACCUGCUGAGGAUCCUGAACAAACUGACCAAGUGGAAGCACUCCAGGACGAUGAUGUUGGUCGUGUUUAAGUCGGCUCCCAUCCUGAAGAGGGCGCUGAAGGUCAAGCAGGCCAUGAUGCAGCUCUACGUCCUCAAGCUGCUCAAAGUACAGACCAAAUACUUGGGCCGGCAGUGGAGGAAGAGCAACAUGAAGACCAUGUCUGCCAUUUAUCAGAAAGUCAGACACCGACUGAAUGACGACUGGGCUUACGGAAACGAUCUAGACGCUCGUCCCUGGGACUUCCAGGCCGAGGAGUGCGCUCUGCGGGCCAGCAUCGAACGCUUCAACAGCCGCCGCUACGACAAGAGCCACAGUAAUCCAGACUUCCUGCCUGUGGACAACUGCCUGCAGAGCGUCCUGGGACAACGAGUGGACCUGCCCGAGGACUUCCAAAUGAACUAUGACCUUUGGCUGGAGCGCGAGGUCUUCUCCAAACCCAUUUCCUGGGAAGAACUGCUGCAGUGAGAGAACGGCUCAGAACAACUUCUUCUCUCUGAUCCAAGUUUAGUCACAGCGUUACGACCUGACGGAUGGAUUUCCCUCUCAGAAGGCGACUUUGAGGAUUCAGACACAAACUUCAAGACGUUUAGUGUUAAUGUGAUGUAACCCAAUAUUUUAAAGAGGUUUUUCUCUCAGCCAAAACGUUUCACAGACUUUAUAACUAAACUGAACCUGUGGGCUCAAUUCUAGUCCUAGUUUUACAUUUACAGGGAUUUCUUUUAUGUUCUGUGCCUCUGUUUCUGCCCCAGCAGGUCAGUAAAUGAGCUGACGGUUUGUUCACUCUCAGCUUUAACAAAAUAUCUUUAGUAAAUUUUACGUAUCGACUCUCAAAAGACGAGGCUUCUCUUUAAGUGUAUCUCACUCCUGGGUUCGCUGUAAUUUUACGUCCCUCUGGAAGAAUCUGUGUGGUAAAAAUAUUUCACUUGAUUGUUGUUUCAGGAUUGUGAGCUGCUGUUUCUGAAAUUGUCCUCAUUUCUAAAUUCGUUCUGAGCGUCUCUGUUGAGCUCGGACUUGUUGCCUUCGCUCUGGGACCUCUGUGUUCUGACCGACACGACAAGCGAUGAAGAGCAGCUUCGACCUUUGACCUGCAGUAAGAAACCGGCUCGUGUGUGAAAGAGAAACAUUACUAGUUUUCACUGUUCGCCUUUUUUUUUUUAACUGAAGCAGAAAACAUUCAAUCAUUAAGCAUUACAGAACAAUUUUCUUUUUUGUUUCAACUCAAACCUUCAUAGUUUGUUUGAUUUGUUUUUUAUUAGAAAGGUUAAAAAAUUAUAAAUACGUGUAAAUUGUGAAACAUAUUUAUCAUGACUUUUUUUCUUUGUUUUACAUGGACUUAAAUACUGUAAUAAAAUUGUACCGUCUUUCA